AACAUGGCCGAAACAGCGGAGAACGUUCCGGGCGGAGAAUGUUUUCACAAAGAAAUAAUGAAAUACAGCUCAGAGGAGGAGGCCCGACUGGAAAGAGAACAUUUCUGGAGGAUUGUCGAUGCGUUUAGAUUUUACAGGAUCCAUGUCCAGGACCAGGUCAAGCGUGCUGAGAGGCAAUUCCUGAGUCUUCCCCAGCACCACCAAAACUUGGUGCCUUCUGUUCUGACCAAUCUUGCCCGGAUUAGACAGUGUGCAGACCACAACCAGGAAGUAUUGGAGAGCAUCAUACAAAACAGCAUCCACAUGUUUGAAAACAUUGAGUAUGGCGAGAGGGAGGACCCGAGGAAAGUGCGUGCCUCAACCUUUGACAUGGACAAACUCAAGUCCACAAUAAAGCAGUUUGUCAGAGACUGGAGUGAGGCAGGCCGUGCUGAGAGGGACUCAUGCUACAAACCGAUCAUUCAGGAGAUCCAAAGACUCUUCCCCAGUGAACUAUAUGAUGUGUCUAAGGUGAGCGUGCUGGUUCCGGGUGCUGGUCUGGGUCGACUAGCAUGGGAGAUCGCUAGACUGGGUUACAUCUGCCAGGGCAACGAGUGGAGCUUUUUCAUGCUUUUCUCUUCGAACUUCGUCCUAAAUAGGUGUGAACAAGUGAACUCGUUGACCCUCUACCCCUGGAUUCACCAGUACAGCAACAACAAGAAGUCCAGCGACCAGAUUCGACCCAUCACGUUUCCCGAUGUGAAUCCUCAGAGUUUGCCACUGAGCUCAGAUUUCUCCAUGGUGGCCGGAGACUUUGUGGAGGUCUACUCAGAUCCAGCUUCAUGGGACUGUGUGGCCACUUGCUUCUUCAUAGACACUGCUCACAACGUCAUACAAUAUGUUGAGACUAUCUGGAAGAUUCUGAAGCCUGGAGGAGUGUGGAUCAAUCUCGGUCCUCUUCUUUACCACUUUGAGAACAUGGCCAACGAGCUCUCCGUUGAACUCAGCUAUGAAGACAUUAGAACAGCGAUGGUCAAACUUGGUUUUCACAUCGAGGUGGAAAAUACGUCAGUGCACACCACUUAUACGGAGAAUGACUGCUCCAUGCUGAGAUAUGUGUAUGACUGUGUGUUUUUCGUGGCACGGAAACCUGGAGAACUUUAUUUUAAUUGUCAUGAAGAUGAGGAACAAAACAACUCUCCACGGGCUGCCAAGUCACCACGCAGGGAAGAUACAGAGUACCCAACGUGACAGGAAACAUCAACCAAAGACUUGUGAUUUUUUUUUUUUUUUAAUCUGAUCAAAGGCAUUCAAAAAUGAUGAUAUGGAUCAAAAUGAGAUAUUGUUAAUUGAACUGUCACCCAUUGAGGUGCAAUGCGGGACAGGUGGGAAUGUAGUGAAUUUGCUUAAGGGUUGAGGCAAGCAGAGAAAAGUCUGUCGGUCUGAUCCAAUCAGGUAGAAGCAGCUCAUAUCUUCCCAUAAUCAUUUUUUAACUUGUUUGCCUUGGGGGUUGUGUAGAUGGUGAAUACUCCUGUUUGCAUUAUUGAGUUGACACUAAAUUAAACUGGUCCAUAUUUUGUAAGUCUGGGUGCGCUGUUUUUAUUGCAUUGCAACAAUAAAUGAUU